CACGGCCAACAUUUCCUCUUUUGCCGUCACAGAGAGCUAGAUUUGUUCGCUAUGGUUACAUAAACAAUGCGCAAAGUGUCACACUGUGAAACGAAGAGUUCUAAAAAAGCAUUGUGGAAUUACCUAGAAAAAUUCGACUGGAAAAUAUUGGCUUUUUUUCAUAUGGCAUACAGACGUCGAGGAUAAUCAGUGUCAGUUAUCAUUAAACAUGGUAGGCUGAUGGGACGGCCUUGUAGUGUUCCUAACCGAGAAGCAAUUCUGUUAAUUCAGAAAUAUAUGCAAUAUUUUAAUACCAACAAUUUUCCUUCGAGUUCUGCAAAAGUUUGGAAAGACAUGAGCAAAGAGCUCAAUGGAAGAUGGAAACCGCAUUCAGUUUAUACAUACGUAAGAGAUAAUAAAAAUGGAAGUCUCGAAGCAGCUCGUCAGAAUUUGGGUAUAAAUAUCCAACCUCCAAGACCACUACCAUCGAAGUCGACCAUCGAAGAUGAUAUCAUUGAUGAACUAUCAGAGGAUUCUGAAUCGGACAAAUCAUCUUAUCAUGAUGACGAGAAUGGAGAUUCUGACAUUGGUGUUGAUUCGUUCCCUCUAGUUCUUUCACCCACUGAGUGGGAACAGAUAAAGCCCGAUCAGACUUCUAAUCACCAACAGAAAAGAUUGAAAUCAUGGGUUUGGCCAAAUGUAAUCACAAAAGCAUUUUGGAAUAUGUACAAAUUCCCAUGUGCUUUUCUGGGCAAAUGGUCAUACGUACGCAUAGAACAGGAUGAAAAUGAAAAUUAUGCCGUUGGAUCUUUCUAUUUGAAGUUCAAAGGAUUAUGUAAAAGCAAAAAAUGUAAUAAUAAAAUUGUUGGCGUUGCCUACAAAAAACCGGUCAACGGAGAACUACAUUUGAUCAUCACAACGCGUGAUACUCGUAAUGAUUAUCAUGAAGAAGUUAAGAGACCAUUAAAUGGUCCUGAAAGGAAAUUAAUUGGACGAAAAUGAAAACGAAGAAGAGCC